AUGGGGCCGACAGAGCUUGAUAACCUCAAUCUCUCAGAGAGAGGAGAAGUACCCGCAGCUGGGACGCGAGCUGGCAGUCUUGCCAGUACUUGCCCAACUCUGCAAGGCACAGGGGUUUCCUGCCCAGAAGGUGAAGAGAACAAGGAUGAAGCAUUGGGACAUGCUAAGUGUGCUCUUUAUAAAGAGUUAUGUCAAGAGUGGUGCUUUUUCCCAGCCCUCCAGGCACAGUUCUCUCUGGCUCUGGAUUACUGGGCCGCAAAGGUUCUCGGGACCUUUCGAGACCUCAAAUCCCUGGAGCGAGAAAACCAUGCCCAAGGCUGUCAUGACUACAAGGAACAUCGGCCUGACAACAAGUAUGGAAAGAAAAAAGAGGAACUGGCCAUCAGACUUACCCAUGAGCUCAAGGAAUUCCCAACAUUGUUCAAUUCAUCCAAUGUCAUCAUGCAUCAACAUACCCCGAAUGGCAGCAUGGUGCCUGAAUACAGGCUGUGGUCUUCCAAUGUGGUAGGCUCAGAUUCAUCAGACCGCGAACUCUUUGCUGAGAACUACAGGGCCUUAGGCCCACGGCCAAGCAUGAUUGAUGAGUUUGUGCAUUCAGUUGUCAAGACUUCCGCGAUGUUAUGGAUUCGGUUCAGGUCCUACGCCGCCCGUCUCCGGUCCACGAAAGACUGCUCUCCAGGCCCGGUCUCCAUUAUUCUUAGCUAUACUACUCUUCACGUUCUCUCCCACCUCCUCGUUGUUGUCAUGGCCGGGGUGUUCUUCGUCUUGCCGCUCACCAUGAUGUACUUGGUAACAAUGAAGAAGGCGGAGAUUGUCCUCGUUACGAUCACCUUCAGCCUUUUGUUCUGUGUCGGGUCAUUUUACUUUGGUGGUGACAGGGGCGGACUCAAAACUGACACCAAGUUCCUGUUGUUGUUUGCGCACACAAGUGUGAUGGCAACCUUGCUUUCCAACUUUGCGCCGCAUCUGGAGCAGCAUAGUCAGCAGUGUUCAUGUCCCGAAUCCAGCUGA